CCGGCCUCCCCCCCUCCCCCGUCCUCCCUUCCUCCGGCGCCCGCGGGGAGGAUGGUGAUGGUGCAGCCGCCCGCAGCCCCCGAGCCGGGCCGGGGCCGCCCUCCGCAGGGGCUGAGGGGAUGAGCCGUGCCCCGCCGGGGAGUCGCUAGCGGAAGGAUGACCACUCCCGCCCUGCUGCCGCUCUCCGGGCGGAGGCUGCCCCCGCUGAACCUGGGGGCCUCCGCCUUCCCGCACCACAGGGCUACCUUGAGACUCUCCGAAAAAUUUAUCCUGCUCCUUAUUCUUAGUGCCUUCAUCACCCUGUGCUUCGGGGCGUUCUUCUUCCUCCCCGACUCCUCGAAGCACAAGCGCUUUGACCUGGGCUUGGAGGAUGUGCUCAUUCCCCACGUGGACACCAGCAAAGGGGGCAAGAACCUCGGCGGCUUCCUUAUCCACGGGCAAGGGCACGACGAGCACCGGCACAGAGAAGAAGAGGAACGUCUGAGAAAUAAGAUCCGAGCAGAUCAUGAAAAGGCUCUGGAAGAAGCUAAGGAGAAAUUGAAGAAAUCACGGGAUGAGAUUCAAGCUGAGAUUCAGACAGAAAAGAACAAAGUAGUUCAAGAAUUGAAAAAGAAAGACAGCAAGCCACUGCCCCCUGUUCCUUUACCAAACCUGAUAGGGAUAAACAGUGGAGAACCAGCAGACCUGGAUAUCCGAGAGAAGAGGAACAAAAUUAAAGAGAUGAUGAAGCAUGCCUGGGACAAUUAUAGGCAAUAUGGAUGGGGCCAUAAUGAGCUCAAACCAAUUGCCCGGAAAGGACAUUCCACCAACAUAUUUGGAAACUCACAAAUGGGUGCUACCAUAGUAGAUGCAUUGGAUACUCUUUAUAUCAUGGGCCUUCAUGAUGAAUUCAGAGAAGGACAAGAAUGGAUUGACAAAAAUCUUGAUUUCAGUGUGAAUUCCGAAGUGUCUGUUUUUGAGGUCAAUAUUCGCUUCAUUGGCGGUCUUCUAGCAGCAUACUACCUUUCAGGACAAGAGGUUUUCAAGAUCAAAGCAGUACAACUGGCAGGAAAACUUCUUCCAGCCUUCAACACACCUACGGGUAUACCAUGGGCAAUGGUGAAUCUGAAAAGUGGUGUUGGUCGAAACUGGGGCUGGGCUUCUGCUGGCAGCAGCAUCCUUGCUGAGUUUGGUACUCUGCACAUGGAAUUUGUCCACCUCAGUUAUUUGACAGGGGACCCUGUAUAUUACAACAAGGUCAUGCACAUUCGGAAGUUACUUCAAAAAAUGGAUCGUCCUAAUGGACUUUAUCCAAAUUAUUUGAAUCCAAGAACAGGCCGAUGGGGUCAGCAUCACACAUCCGUGGGCGGGCUGGGAGACAGUUUUUAUGAAUAUUUAUUGAAAGCCUGGCUUAUGUCAGACAAGAUGGACACGGAGGCAAGGAAAAUGUACGACGAUGCAAUUGAGGCCAUAGAAAAACAUCUCAUCAGAAAGUCCAAUGGAGGACUGACCUUCAUUGGGGAGUGGAAGAACGGGCAUCUUGAAAGAAAGAUGGGCCAUUUGACCUGUUUUGCAGGUGGAAUGUUUGCCCUUGGAGCAGAUGGUUCCAGAGAUGAUAAAGCUGGACAUUAUUUGCAGCUCGGAGCUGAAAUUGCACAUACGUGUCAUGAGUCUUAUGACAGGACAACACUAAAGCUGGGCCCAGAAGCAUUCAAAUUUGAUGGUGGCGUGGAGGCGGUGGCAGUACGGCAGAAUGAGAAGUAUUACAUCCUCAGGCCAGAGGUGAUUGAGACCUACUGGUACAUGUGGAGAUUCACCCACGAUCCCAAGUACAGGCAGUGGGGCUGGGAGGCAGCACAGGCAAUUGACAAGUAUUGCCGAGUUAGUGGUGGCUUUUCUGGUGUCAAGGAUGUGUAUUCCUCAUCUCCUACAUAUGAUGAUGUACAGCAGAGCUUUUUCCUUGCUGAAACUUUGAAGUAUUUGUAUCUGCUUUUCUCCAAUGAUGAUCUUCUACCAUUAGACAACUGGGUUUUUAACACAGAAGCUCAUCCUCUGCCUGUUUUACAUUUAGCCAACACCACACUGUCAGGAAAUCCUGCAUAUCGAUAAAAACAGCUCUAUGAAGAGGAAGAGAGACUGUUUUCAGCUCUGUUUUGUUUACAUGGACCACUUGAGACUUUAGCAGGAGGGGAGACAGACAGACAGACACUUGGUAAACCUAGACCCCGAGUCAAGCAAGUAUUGGCAUGGGAAACGAAGCUCUUCAACAUAUAAAUAAGUUAAAAGUUCUGUUUUAUACAUGACCAAAACACGUGAGUGUGAUUUUUGCAGGACGGAGUCUUCACGCGCUUUGAAUCCUGGCAAGACAUGGAAUCUACAGAUAAUAUUAAUGCAGCAGCACGAGAAAGAGGAGGCUUUUCCAUCCAGGGAAAGGAACUUGCUGCUUGCUGUUGCAAGGAACAACACACAGUCACCUCUUCAGAUGGGUGGGUUCCAAAUACCUAGGUUUUCUUUUCCUUUCUUUUCCUUUCUUUUUUCUUUUUUUUUUUUUUUUUUUUUUUUUUUUUUUUU